GCGAAUGAAUAGUGAGAGAGAGAGAGAGAGAGAGAGAGAGAAUAUAGACUGAAGCGAAGUGCGUAUAGCACAUUUUGAUUGCCAGUCUUUUACGCGAGAUUCGCUCCAAGAGGUAGCGGCUAUUUUCAGUUGUCUCUUCUCUCCGUUUUUGACGUCAUUGUCCUCAUUAGCAGUGCAUUUACAGCGCGCCAGACUUCGCCAAGAAAAUAAAUAUUGACUAAGAUCGUCAUCUUUGAAAAGAGCUUAGAAUAGAAUUUGAGCUCGGAAGAAGGAAUGGGUGCAAAGACCAGCACCAUUACACAGAAUGCCAGUGGCAAUAACCAGUCUUCUACAGGAGCAAAUGAGACUGCAAUGCAAGGUUUCCCAACGCUACGUUCACUACCAGGUGGCGUCAGCAUGCUCCAACAUCAACACCAACAGGCUAAUCAAUCACAGUCUUCCAGAGUGGCAGGAGAUAAUAGACAGAGAGCAAGAUCCUUGAGUUCUGUACCUGAUAUUUCAGCGGAUCAAGGUGCUCUUGCUUCCGCAGUAGGGGUAGGUGUUGGUCAAGUUCUAGGAUUACCUCAGUUAGAUACAGAUGAUCUAGAUGAAGAAAGCAGUAGAGUUUAUGCUGCACAUAGCUUGCCUUCUCACAUUUGGUCUUUAAAUGGCUUAAAGUGUCCGGUAUGUUCCAAGUUACUUCUACCAGAUGACAUAGAAUGUCACCUUGUUAUAUGUUUAACUAAGCCACAUCUUAGCUAUAAUGAAGACGUACUCGCGGAUGAAAAAGGUGAAUGUGUGAUUUGCUUGGAGGAUCUACAACCUGGUGACGUGAUAGCCCGCUUGCCCUGUCUCUGCAUAUACCAUAAAAAUUGUAUCGAUAAAUGGUUUCAAGUGAAUCGCAGUUGCCCGGAGCAUCCUGGGGAUUGAUAUGCGCUGGACGCUUGGGAAAGCAAUGAAAUAUUGAAAUAAUUCAUCAUAAAAUUUGACUAAAUGCUCGCAGUCGCGGCACCGUUGCUACGGUAUUGGUACUGAAAAUGAAGAAUAUGAAGCAGUGGUUAUGGAAAACAAGCUAGUCAAGGUGGCCGCUAGUCUGCAAAGUGCUAAUUUAAAGCAUGCGACAAGGAUGUGACUUUCGUCGGUGUAUAUUCGAACGACACAUAAUGUGAUCGCAUUGAAAGAAAUACGAGAGAACAAAUGUGUAGGAAUUUGAAAUCUCAAAUUCUACCUCUCUUAAAUCUUAAAGAACAUUAAAAAAAAUCGCCAUAAGAUUGAAUGAUACAAUGUCAUUAUAUAUAUGUAUCUAUUAUUAAUUAUCCUCUUAUUGCUAUCGCUUUAACAAAAUAGAAAACAAAAAUCAUUCACAAUUGUAUUAUAUUUAUA